AUGGGGCUUUCUGACAGGAGUUCAGCUCCACCCUCAUCUUUUUAUAUGCAUGCUUUUAUCCUUCUCUUGAGGUGUGGCUUGUUAGUCACCUUUGUGGUUGAUGGGAAUAAUGAGACAAACCGUCUCUUAAAAGUUACAGAUGCAUUCUCCUCCACUAGUUUAAUUGGUGUAGGAAGCUUUGGAUUUGUGUAUAGAGGAAUUCUUGAUCAAGAUAGAUGUAUAGUUGCUGUCAAGGUGCUCAAUAUUUUGCUCCAUGGAGCUUCCAAGAGUUUCAUUGUUGAAUGUGAGGCUUUGCAAAAUAUUAGACAUCAAAAUCUUGUAAAGGUACUCAUAGCAUGUUCAGGUGUUGACUAUCAAGGUAAUGAUUUCAAAGCUUUGGUAUAUGAGUUCAUGAGUAAUGGAAACUUAUUGCAUCCAAUUGCAAUAACAAAUGAGCUUUUUGAGGAACGAAUGUAUUUGAAUCUUCUUCAGAGAUUGAAUAUUGCCAUUGAUAUUGCAAAUGCAUUAGAUUAUCUUCAUCAUCAUUGUCAUACACCAAUUGUUCAUUACAACUUGAAGCCAAGCAAUGUUCUACUCAAUGAUGAAAUGAUUGGACAUGUUGGUGACUUUGGCUUGGCAAGGUUCCUUCGUGAGGCCACCCAAGAGUGUUUAACUAAUCAAUCAAGCUCCAUUGGAUUAAGAAGAACAAUGGGUUAUGCUCCUUCAGGUGAAUAUCUUUUCCAUUUUUGA